UAUAGCAUAUUAACCAUCAUCGGUCAGGUCGGCGAUCAGGGCUGCUGACACAAGAUUCCCUCACCGAGUUCUACAAUGCCUUUCCUUCGCAACAUCCUCGUGGCCGGCACGUGUUUUACACUCGCGAGCAGCGCGGACACAGCAAGCACAUCUCUAUGCCUGCCCAACGUAAACUUCCGACUCGAGGCCCAGGUCGUCCAGAAGUUUCUCUCUCCAGGCUUUCCCUGCCUCCAGCCGGGAGCCGGUCCAUGCUACACCUUCUUUAGUGUCGGCAGCACUGAUGCUUUUGAGUACACCAUCGAGCCAGGAACAACCAACCUGAUGAUCGCCGCUGCGCCUCAAGGCAACGCUUCAGACGGCCAGGCUCGCGUGGGCGACUACAUCGAUCUCGAGGACCCGCGCUCGGGGACGAUGAUUGUCAAGUCCGCUGUUCCCGCCUACCUCAAGUGCGCCGUCUUGCCGGACCUCAGUGAUAUUGGAACGUGCAACUUGGAGUGCGAGGGGCUUGAAGGGUCGAAGGAGAAACCGACUUCACAGCUGAGCAUCGACCCCUACAAUGAUAAUCAGUGGAACUUGGGGGCUGAUAAGAGCUUUGGUCUUGUGAAUACGAUUGUCAAGGCGGUGUAUUGAGGGCCGCCACAAGCUUUUGGCGGGUUCAAAUAAAGCUUCUACGCGAUAUCAGGGAGGAUCCAGAAGUACCUGUACAUGCCUGCACCUAUACCGUCGUUAUAAGUAAAGGGAUGUUGCUCGAUA